AUGGCACCGAAGGAGAUAAAGAAAGCGUCGAAGGGCACCAAGAAGGCCACUGCUGCCUCCAAGGCCGCCCUCAAGGGUGUGCACGCCCACAAGGCCCAGAAGGCCCGGUACACGACCAGCUUCCACCGUCCCAAGACCCUGCAGCUGUCUCGCGCGCCCAAGUACCCGCGCAAGUCCAUCCCCCACGCACCGCGUCUGGACGAGCACAAGGUCAUCGUGCACCCGCUCAACACCGAGAGCGCCAUGAAGAAGAUUGAGGAGAACAACACCCUCGUCUUCAUUGUCGACAUCAAGGCGAACAAGGCCCAGAUCAAGCUGGCCCUGAAGAAGCUGUACGACAUUGAUGUCGUCAAGAUCAACACUCUGAUUCGCCCCGACGGUACCAAGAAGGCAUACGCCCGCCUGACGCCCGAUGUCGAUGCUCUCGACAUUGCUGCUACCAAGCUGGCGCUUGUGUAA